AUGAUGACGCAGGCCUUGAAGGCCUCGAUGAUGUGCAGAGUAUCGGGGGAGAUGCGCGGCUACAUAUGUUCUGAUUCUGAUAUCAGCAUGGGUAGUAAUAUUCCCGCUCCAAUUUCGGCAGCCACAGCAACUACCUUAGAUCGUCUCGACACAUUCAAGACUGAAUAUCACCCUCACAGUGGUCGUGCUCCGAUCGUCGAGAGCUUUUCCGUUUAUGGGACCAAUAAGCCAGAGACGACACAAUCACCCAUCAUCGAUGACAAGCCAUGGCAACCUUUCAGCUGUUGUGCAGACUUCGAGUUUGCUGAACUUUCCCACCGAGCUGCCUUGAGCAAAGACCAAACUAAUGAACUACUCAAGUUCAUCUGGAGAGUUGCGGAUGGUCGCACAAAGUUUACUUUCAAAACUCAAUGA